AUGGCUAAGAAAGGAUACUAUGCAGUUCAAAAGGGUAGAAAUACUGGGGUUUAUUCCAGCUGGGACGAAUGUAAAGCUCAAGUAAGUGGAUUUAAUGGUGCGACCUUUAAGAAACUAGAUAGUUACGAAGAUGCUAGAGCAUUUGCCAGGGGUGGUAGUAGAAGCAGUGGUAACAAUAAUUUUGGAGGAUCUGGAGGCUUCAAAAGCUCUUAUGGAGUGUCACACAAUAACGGCGGUAUGUCUCAUGGAGGUUCCUAUCACACAUCUUCUCCUAGAGUGACCAAACCUGCUCCGAAGAGGUCUAGUAACAAAUACUAUUCCGUCAAGAGUAGUAAUCCAAACGUUGCUGACAGAAUUUUCAAUAAUUGGCCAGAGUGUCAAAAAUAUGUGAAAGGCCAAAGAGGAUUAUCCUUCAAAGGAUUUACUGACGAAGCCAGUGCUCGUGGUUAUAUCGAUGGUUCUCUUAGCAAUGUUAUGGAUUACAGGUACAUCGGUAUGUCGAGAGAUGAAUUUCAAGCAAAAUACAAAUUAGAUGGAUUAAAAAAAUUUGAUCAAGUUACCAAAGUCUACUGUGAUGGGUCUGCACUGUCGAAUGGCCACUCAAAAUCGAGAGCGGGUUACGGUGUCUAUUUCGAAGGUCAUCCUGAGAAAAGUAUAUCUGAACCUUUGCGCUCAGGACCUCAAACUAAUAACAGAGCCGAAAUUGAGGCCGUCUCCAAUGCCUUAGAUGUUAUUUGGCAGGAUCUAACAACUAACUCUGUUAAAUCUAGCUAUGAGAUCAAUACAGAUUCAGAAUAUGUUUCCAAACUAUUGAAUGAUAGAUACGCUACUUAUCAUGAUUCCAAAUUGAAAGAAUUGCCCAAUGGUGAUUUAGCUAUUCCCCUGAUCAAGAAAUUUGCUAAAGUUAAACAGUACUACCAGUUGAACAAGGACGCAUUUGCUAAUGGUGGUAAUUUUACGAUAACUUGGGUCAAGGGUCACGCUGGAGAUCCAGGUAAUGAAAAGGCUGAUGAAUUGGCAAGAGAAGGUGCCGCUAAGAGACCAUAA